GAAAGGCAUACUUACGAGGGAGGAUGCACUGUUGGCUGCUGACCUGGGAGUACAAGGGAUCAUUGUCUCGAAUCACGGAGGACGUCAAUUGGAUUGCGCUCCGGCCACUAUCGAAGUGCUGCCGGAAGUGUGUGAAGCCGUGGGGAGUCGCCUCAUUGUUAUGACGGAUGGUGGAAUCACCCAAGGCACGGAUGUGUUCAAGGCACUUGCGUUAGGGGCAAAAAUGGUGUUUGUUGGCCGAGCUGCUAUAUGGGGAUUGGCUGUGAACGGUCAAAACGGCGUAGAAAAUGUACUGGAGCUUCUUAAACUAGAGCUCGAUUCUGUGAUGGCUAUGGCAGGCUGCAAAACUAUCAAACAGAUCAGCGAAAAUCAUGUUCGCUUCGAAUGGGAAUACUUGAGUCCUCGAUCGCGGUUGGCUGGAAGAAUCAACAUCAAUCAGAAGGGCUUUAACAAUCCAGUUGAUGACGAUGGCGAUGAUGAUGAGGCUGGGCUAGCUGUUGAAACUGUGAAGGUUGUACCACCGGUACCAGAAAAAAUAGUUCUUAUUCCAACAGGAGAGGAUGGUUUAUCGAAGGAUCCUCGGGGUGAAGACGGAGUGGAUGAGUGCGGAAAGGAUAGCAAUAAGUGUAAAACAGUGAAGAGUGAGAUUGAAAUUGUAAGAGCUCCUCAGCGGAUUACUAGAGAAGUGCGAGUUGUUCCCGAAUUGGCAAAAGUAUUUCAACGCAACGCUAAUAUAGGCUCGAACAGCCGACAAUUUAAAGUUCGUCACAGUAGACAUAGAGCCGCGUCCAUGCAUAAUUUAGUCAGUAUUAAUAAGCCCGUUGAGAAUUGUCGAUGUAUAUUGUAG